AUUCGCCAGCUCGUUACACGCGGCGUGAUUGGCUACCGAGUGCGCGCGCUCUACGCUCACUUCACUGUAAGCACUGUAUCCUAUUGCUAUAAUCCAAACGACAUUCUUCCUGAAUGGGAAGUAGUUGUGGAUAGUAAAGGGGCGUUCGCCAGUGUGACAUGUAUUUUUCCAGCAGUUUCGCCUUGAGGAGAAGUGACGCGCCGGGUUAUUGCCGCCGCGCGCUCUCUCGUGCGCUCUGGUGAGCUUUCUGGAUUUGAGCCGUUGACCGCCUUUCACUCGCCGCUGCCACAAAGUUAAGCGCGCCGGACUGCUGACCAGAAAGAACGAAAAACAAAAUGCGUCUGUUUGUUGUUUACCUGUUGUCCACUUUUGUGGUCGGGUGUAAAACGUCGCCGUCUCGGAGCGUUUUUACUAAUCACUGGGCUGUGCGAGUCAGAGGAGGAUCAGACGAGGCUGACAAACUUGCUUCGAAAUAUGGCUUUACAAAUUUGGGUCAGAUUGGCGGUCUGGAGGACCACUACCAUUUCCACCACAGUCACGUGGUGCGCAGAUCUACCUUUACCACCAAGGGCUCACACAGUUUCAUUCACAUGGACCCCAAGGUGGACUGGAUCCAGCAGCAGAUAGUAAAGUCUCGAGUGAAACGUUUUGCCUGGAGUGACCCCAACUUCAUCCAUUUCAAUGACCCCAAGUGGUCAAACAUGUGGUACAUUCACUGCAGUGAUAAAAACAGUCGGUGUCGCUCCGAAAUGAACAUCCUGGCAGCCUGGCAGCGUGGCUACACAGGCCGAAAUGUUGUCAUCACCAUCCUAGAUGAUGGGAUAGAGAGGAACCAUCCUGAUCUGGCCCAAAACUAUGACCAGCUGGCCAGCUACGAUGUCAAUGGCAACGACCAUGACCCGAUGCCGCGUUAUGACUCCAGCAAUGAAAACAAGCAUGGAACCCGAUGUGCUGGGGAGGUGGCUGCUGUGGCUAACAACUCACACUGCAUUGUGGGAAUUGCCUACAAUGCCCGAAUUGGAGGCAUACGGAUGCUGGAUGGGGAUGUGACAGAUGUGGUGGAGGCCAAGUCACUUGGGAUUCGGCCUGACUACAUUGACAUUUACAGUGCCAGCUGGGGCCCUGAUGAUGAUGGGAAGACCGUGGAUGGUCCAGGCCCACUGGCAAAACAGGCCUUUGAAAUGGGCAUUAAAAAGGGCCGCAAAGGUCUAGGCUCAAUCUUUGUGUGGGCGUCUGGUAACGGAGGUCGGCAGGGAGAUCACUGCUCAUGCGAUGGCUACACCAACAGCAUCUACACCAUCUCUGUUAGUAGCAGCACGGAAAACGGCAACAAGCCCUGGUACUUGGAAGUCUGCUCAUCCACCAUGGCCACCACCUACAGCAGCGGAGAGUUCUACGACCGCAAAAUAAUUACGACAGACCUGCGGCAGCGCUGUACGGAUGGGCACACUGGCACAUCAGUGUCUGCGCCAAUGGUGGCUGGCAUCAUCGCUCUUGCGCUGGAGGCCAACCCAUUAAUAACAUGGAGGGAUGUGCAACAUAUCUUGGUAAAGACAUCCAGACCUGUUCAUCUGAAAGCCAGUGACUGGAAAACCAACGCGGCAGGACACAAGGUUAGUCACCUUUAUGGAUUUGGUCUGGUGGAUGCCGAGGCCAUGGUUGUAGAGGCCAAGAAAUGGCGAAGUGUUCCACCUCAGCACACAUGUACCAAUAUAUCAGAUCGCAGAACAAGGUACAUCCGGCCAGAGCAGAAGCUAAAGGUCACCAUGAGCAGCACAGGCUGCAGCGGGCAACCAGAGCAACAUGUAGCCUUCCUGGAGCACGUGGUGGUACGUGUGCUAAUCGUUCACCCGCGCAGAGGAGACCUGGAGAUCAGCCUUGUUUCUCCAUCAGGAACACGCUCUCAGCUCCUGGCCAAAAGGUUGUUUGAUAACUCUAAUGAGGGCUUCAGGAACUGGGAGUUCAUGACAGUGCACUGCUGGGGAGAGAGGGCGAAAGGCACAUGGACCCUGGAGAUAUCCGACUCACCCUCGCAGCUCCGCAGCAACUUCAAUGUUCUAGGUAAGCUGAAGGAGUGGACUCUGAUUCUCUAUGGCACAUCUAAGCAUCCCUAUCAGUCUCACGGUUCUCAGCACUCUCGUGCUCGGAUGCUGGAAAUUCCAAGUGUUAAGAGUCCAGAGCCUUCACCCAGCACAGCCCCCCAACACGAAGAUGAGGAAGAGGAGGAGUACACUGGGCCAUGCCAUCAUGAGUGUGGUGAUCAAGGCUGUGAUGGCCCAGAUGCUGAGCACUGCCUAAACUGCAUCCACUUCAGCCUUGGCAGCCUGAAGACCGGGAGGAGGUGUGUUAGCCACUGUCCGUUGGGUUAUUUUGAGGACAGUGAGGUGCGAAGGUGCAGGCGUUGUCACCGAGGCUGUGAGAAGUGUGUGGGCCGAGGCUCCAACGAAUGCCGCUCCUGCCGGAGAGGAUUGUACUUCUACACAGAGGAGACCUUGUGUGUAGAGAACUGCCCCGUUGGAUACUUCAAUGAUGAGGUUCAGAGACAUUGUCUGAAGUGCCACGAGAACUGUGUGAAGUGCCUACAGGAUUCUGACAGAUGUACAGCAUGCAAAACAGGCUUUAGUUUAGCAGGAAUGACCUGCGUCCCGGAGUGCACAAAUGGAACCUUCUUUAACUUGGAGGAGAUGAAGUGCAGCCCCUGCCAUGUCUCCUGCUCCACCUGCACAGGACCAGGUAUGGAGGAAUGUCUCCUCUGCUCCCAUGACUUCCUGCAGGAGGAGUGGCAGUGCGUGCGUAAAUGCAGCCCUGGGCACUACCAGGGUGACAACACAGGAUUUCCACAGAGGAUGUGCCACAAAUGUGAGGAGAACUGUCUGCGCUGCCACGGGCCUGGAACAAGCUGUACUCAGUGCAGAGAUGGAUACAACGUGGUCAGCGGUACCUGCAUAAUCAACGCCACCUGUAACAAUAGCUUACAUAACAGCACAACUGGGAUGACCAGGCCAGGCGAGAAUGUGGAGUGAAAGAAGGCAUGGCGGAUGAAGUGUUCUGCGAUAUGGUGAAGUCUAACCGGCUAUGUGAGAAGAAACUCUUCCGACAGUUCUGCUGCAGGACCUGUUUGAUGACAGGAUGAAUGAAUAAUGGAAGAGUGAAAGAGAGAGGGACAGGUCACUUCAUUCAAUAUGGCUCUGUUAUCUGAUGUACAUGUUUAAUCCAUUUAUAUCUGGAUUCAAACCCAACAAACACCUCAUUUCAAUAAAACCCUGAAAGGGUGCUAUUUGAUUGCCAUAAGAUAUUUUUUACAGCUAUCUGUUUUAUAAACUUCAUAUAGUACAAGUUUAAAUAGUUUACUUUUUAUUCUGAUAUGAUAUUACAGAAUUACCAAUCAGCCAUAAGAUUAAAACCACUUGCCUAAUAUUGUGUAGGUCACCCUUGUACUGCCAAAACAACUCUGACCUUUUGAGGCACUCCACAAGACCUCUGAAAGUAUGCUAUGGUAUCUGGCACCAAGACCUUAGCAGCAGAUCCUUUAAGCCCUGUAAGUUGCAAGGUAGGGCCUCCGUGGAUUGGAAGCACAUUCCACAGAUUCUGCACUGGAUUGAGAUCUAAAGAACUUGUAGGCCAAGUCAACACCUUGAACUGUCAUGUUCCGCAGAUCAUUCCUGAACAUUUUUUUGCUUUGUGGCCUGGUGUGUUAUCCUAUAUACCAUUAAGGGGUUGUCAUGAAGUGGCGUACUUGGUCUGCAACAAUGUUUAGGCAGGUGUUACGUGUCAAAGUAACAUCCACAUGAGUGACAGGACCCAAGGUUUCCCAGCAGAACAUUGCCCACAGCAUCACACUGCCUAUCCCAGAUAACAUAUUUCAUGUAGUGCAUCCUGGUGUCAUCGCUUCCCCCGGUAACACACAUGAUCUAAACGAAAAUGUGACCAGGCCAUCAUCUACCAUUGCUCCAUGGUCCAGUUCUGAUGCUCAUGCUGGCAUUUAGGGACCUUUGGUGGUGGACGGUGUCAUCAUAGGCACUCUGAUUGGUCUGUGGCUAUAGAACCCCGUACACAGCAAGUAGAUCUUCUUUGGGACUAAACCAUCACUCACCACAUGCAGCAAUGAACUGUUGCUGGUUCAUCAGUUGCCCUUCCAUGGACCACUUUGGUAGGUACUAACCACUGCAUACCUCACAAGACCUGCCAUUUUGGAGAUGCUCUGACCCAGUUAUACAGCCAUCACAAUUUGUCCCUCGUUAAAGCCUUAUGCUUGCCCAUUUUUCCUGCUUCCAAAAUGUGAACUUCUAGAAUCAAUUUUUCACAUGCUGCUUACAAUAUCCCACCCCUUUACAGCUGCCUUUGUAGCAAGAUAAUCAAUGUUAUACACUUCACCUGUCAGUGGUUUUAAUGUUAUGGCUAAUCAGUGUUUAUUGCAGCAGGGAGCUGUGUGUGAUUAUAAAGAAUAAGCUGAAAGGGCUGCAUCCUCAGUAAAUAGAUUUCCAGCACUGAGCUGACUUGAUGAAUAUGAUGCCAUAUUCAUUGUUUUAAACUUCAAUAAGUGAAGAAUCUCUUAAACAAAUACAUUCAACAGCAUCAUUUAUCAAGAAAGAUUCAUUAAUACCCCAGUGAAGGUAUUGUACAUACUGGAGUGUGAAUGUAAUGUUUAAACUAUUUGCUUCUGUAAGAGUGGCAGAAUAAACUAAAUGAUUUGUUGCCACCA